AGGGGCUCAAAGAAUGCACACUUCUCAUCACCAUCCAGGGAAUUUCCUUCCAUAUCCAGUUUCUUCAAACCAUAACCCUGUUUGGCUUAUAAGGAACAAUUUCAUCAUCCUGCUCUUCUUCACCUUCAUCCCUCUUCGAUCCAAAGGCUAGAUUUUCAUUUACUUUUUUUUUUCAGUUUUCACCUCAUCAAUCAUCAUUUCUUCUGUUGUAGAUAUAUGGGGCUGAGUUCUAAAGAGGUUUCCAGUGAUGGUGUAGGGUGGAGCCAAUCUUUGUUGCAGGCUCAAACUCUGGAGUUGCCCAAAGCAAUGAAGAGGCAAAAUCCACAAAACCAGCAGCAAUCUGAGUCACUCAAGUGCCCGAGAUGUGAUUCUACCAACACAAAGUUCUGUUAUUACAACAACUACAACAAGUCUCAGCCUAGGCAUUUCUGCAAGGAUUGUAAACGAUACUGGACUAAAGGUGGCACCCUCCGCAAUGUUCCUGUCGGUGGUGGCAGCAAAAACAAGAGGCUUAAGACAUCAAAUAGCACCGCAGCUUCUGCUGCCACCACUGCUACCACUAGCACAACUAAAAUUGCCAUCAAAAGCUCAACUGCUUCUGGUGUUAACAAUAGGCUCAAUAACUUCAUGGCUAUUCAACGAUCACAGCAACAAAGGCAGGAUCUUCAGCUUCCACUUGCUGAUCAAAAGAACACAUCGAGUACGCAAUUUCAGGUGAUGGGUCGUCCAGUCCCACCAUCUUCAUCGUUGCUGCAGAAUCCCAUCAAUGGCAGCAACUUGGACAGCAAAAGUUUAAAUUGUGUGUUUCUGGGUUCAACUUCAACGGGCCCGUCGUUGCCUCAAACUCAAGGCUUACAGUUUCCAUUUUCAAGCUCAAAUUCAUGUUCUUUUGAGACAACCCCAUCUUCAAUAUCAACCUCAUUUCAAUCUCCAAGUGUCUAUAACUACACAGGUGAAACAAUGGAGGAUCCAACAAUCACCAGCAUCACCAUGCCAACCCCAAGUGCCACUGUUUCACUCACAUGGGAAGUACCUAUCACAAGCAGCGACAUGGACAUAGCAAACUACUGGAAUUUGGAUGACAUCGAUGCACUUGUCUCUACUGAUCUCAACAUGCCAUGGGAUGAUUCUGAGAUCAAACCAUGAAGGUCUUUUAACCAUAUAUCCAUUCUCUACAUCUUUUUUUUCUCUUCUUGAUUUGGUUUUCUUAUUUGAUGAAGAACGUUAUUUCCCCCCUUCUUUGGGUGUCUAUUUUCCCUUUCAUAUUGAUCAUUAAUCAUGUAUAGUCUCCCCUUUCAACUUGUAACUGAUAAAAAAUGAGGAAGCUGCCAUUUUUCAAAUUCAGCUUCAGGGUGAUGGUGUACAUUUAGUACUCUACCUCAUAUAUAUAUAUAUGUGUGUUUGUGUUUUAUGUUAGGGUUGU